UAUAGUGUGUCCCGAAAGCAAAGCACAAUCAUCCUAGUUGUCUUCACGGCCAAUCUAUAUUACGCAUCUAAAUUGAUAGGUUUUUUUUCAACAAUACACGUCAUAAGCCAUUAAAUCGAAAUUUGUAGAGGGACUCGGGACACACUGCCUGUACAUUGUUAACAUAAAACCAUUGUAUUUCGCGCGCAUACGAUAUAAUAUAUAUACUAUGUCUCCAUUUGUUACCACGCUGCCGCAGGUACAUGAGUUCGAUAUUUCCGCUGCUGUACUUGCUGUUCUGCGACGAGAUGUGCGUCCGCUUCCGGUCGUUGCGCACGCGGUGGCGCAUGGAAGUGGCCAAGGUGCUCGCUUCCACGCCGCGUACCACGUGUCAAGUACUGGAAUCGGAGCGGCUGGCGCACGCACAGCUCUGCGACCUCGUCGAGGAGGUGAGCGUAGCAUUCGGACCCCGGCUCACCACGUACUUGCUUUUCGUGUUCCUCGAGCACCUGGCGCGGUUCUACUUCGACACAUACGUGAUGCCCACCUACAGGUAUAAACAUUCAGCGCUGGAGAACAAGGGCGUCAGCAUGCUGGAGUCGUUGAUGUUCCUGGGGCAUGCCUGGAUCGGUACAUACCUGGUCGCCUAUCUGUCCGACACGCUCACGGAAUCUAGCAAAGAAAUUAUAACAGACUUAAGAAACAUACCGAUAUGGAAAUUACCCCAAGACUGCUCUGAACAGGUUACUUUCUUUAUGUCUCAAGUACAGAAUUCUCAAACCGUUAUUACAGCUUCUGGUCUAUUCACGGUCAAUAAAACUAUUCUAUCGUCAAUAAUAAUAUCAUUGGCUACGUACAUUAUAGUACUCAUACAACUGGCGCCAGACUUAGGACGAGUAUUUAUCGAAUAAAUUGUGCAAUAUAAAUAAUAAUAAAUAACCAUAAUAAUCAUAAGUUACGAAUACAUUUAGAAAUGUAAUUUUACUAAACAAUAACACACUCGCUUACUACCCACGCACACGGUGGCGACUCAGCCGAUGCACUCUUUGGGGCACGCCCAUGAAAUAAUGAAAAAUAAAAACACGUCUCGAGGAAUUUUUUCGUACACUUCAGGCAUUCGUUGCCCUUCAAAAAAUUCAUAUUAACAAUCACCAUCACAUAUUAUAUUUACCCGUUUGGAUUGAUCUCGUUUUGGUCAGGUUAAGCAUAAUUCGCCCAGGAAGUCAAACACUACGUAAAUGGAACGAUCGGAUUUU